GUUCGGUGGCUAACGGCUAACUGCUAACAGCUGCUCAGUGCGUCCACUCGACAUGUCGUCGCGCGGACGGGAUUAAAGAAAAACCAAACACCACCGUUGAGAUGUGGUUCGGUUAUGCUCGGUAAGACCAGGCUCGCCCCUGGAGCGUAGUCCCGGUUUUUGUCCGGGUCCUUGGAGGCUUUCUUUGUUAGCAUUAUUAGCAGCUAGUCUGGCUACAGCGGAGUGUCCUGAGCGUCCUCCCCGGGAACAAUGACUCCCUGUCCGGCAAUUUUCAGCUGCUCUCUGGUCCCCCGAAUCAUAUUCGUGCUUGCAGGAUGCGUUUGUGUGUCCGCGGUCCCUAACGCUUGUGGUGAAGGGGGUGCGGAGCUUUUGCGAUCCCCCACUGGUGUCAUCACCAGUCCUGGCUGGCCACUCCUCUAUUCUCCUCACCUGAACUGCAGUUGGAACAUCCGCGGUCGGCCUGGCGACACCGUGACCAUCAGUUUCCAGGACUUCGACCUGCAGCGCUCCCACCACUGUUCUGCAGACUUCUUGUCGAUAAGCAGCGACCAGGAUUCGGUUGGCGUUCGGUUAUGUGGCCUGUCACUCCCGCUGCCAUUCACGUCUUCUCAAAACCUGGCGUGGAUCCGCUUUCACUCGGAUAAUGCUCUGACAGGGAAGGGCUUCCGUCUGUCCUACAUCACCAGUCCAGUGGAGUCGUCCACCUGUGAGGCCGACCAGUUCCACUGUGCCAACGGAAAGUGCAUUCCAUCAUGGUGGCGUUGCAACAAAAUGGACGAGUGCGGUGAUGAUUCAGACGAGACAGAAUGUGGCAACAAUGUGCCGCAGCUGUCCUUCCAGCCUUGUGGACGAAACCAGUUCCCAUGUCUUUCCCGCUACACCCGCGUCUACACCUGCCUGCCUCAGAGCCUGCGCUGCGAUGGCGCCAUAGACUGCCAGGACCUCGGUGACGAGAUUAACUGUGACGUUCCCGCAUGUGGUGAACGUCUGAAGAACUUCUUUGGCUCCUUCGCAUCUCCGAACUAUCCGGAUUUGUACCCGCCUGGCAGCGACUGCACCUGGCAGAUCGACACUGGCGACCGCCGCCGGGUCCUGCUGCGCUUUACUGACUUCAAACUGGAUGGAACUGGCGCCGGAGACUAUGUGAAGGUGUACGACGGCCUGGAGGAGAACCCGCGCCGCCUGCUGCGAGUCCUCACGGCCUUCGAUUCACGCACCACUCCGGUUCAGGUGGUGUCCUCCUCCGGACGAUUGCGGAUUCACUUCUAUGCCGACAAGAUCAACGCAGCCAGAGGCUUCAACGCCACAUAUCAGGUGGACGGGUUCUGCCUGCCCUGGGAGGUUCCAUGUGGUGGGAGCUGGGGCUGCUACACGGAGCAGCAGCGCUGCGACGGCUUCUGGCACUGCGCCAACGGGCGAGAUGAGCUCAACUGCUCCACCUGCCAGCCAGACGAGUUCCCGUGCUCCCGGAGCGGCGCCUGCUACCCGCGGUCGGACCGGUGCAACUAUCAAAACCGAUGCCCCAACGGCUCGGAUGAGAAGAACUGCUUCUUCUGCCAGCCAGGCAACUUCCACUGCAAGAACAACCGCUGCGUGUUUGAGUCCUGGGUGUGUGACGCACAGGACGACUGCGGUGACGGCAGCGACGAGGAGCACUGUCCUGUCUUGGUGCCCACCCGCGUGGUCACGGCGGCGGUGAUCGGCAGUCUGGUCUGUGGCCUCCUGUUAGUGGUGGCGCUGGGCUGCACCUGCAAGCUCUAUUCGCUGCGACUCUUCGAACGCAGGUCGUUCGAGACGCAGUUGUCCAGGGUGGAGGCAGAGCUACUAAGAAGGGAAGCCCCGCCUUCUUAUGGUCAGCUGAUUGCCCAGGGCCUGAUCCCGCCUGUUGAGGAUUUUCCAGUGUGCACAGGCAGCCAGGCAUCUGUGCUGGAGAAUCUGCGCCUGGCAGUUCGCUCUCAACUGGGGUUCACGUCGCUCCGCCUGCCGUCGUCAGGUCGCAGGGGCAGCAGCCACACCCUGUGGCCUCGCCUCUUCUCCCGGUCCCGCCGGCCCACCCCUCUGGCACUGGUGUCAGCGGACCUGGACAAUAGCAGCGGCUCAGCGCCUCCGAGCCCGGACGACACGGAUUCAGAGGCGGAGCUUCUGCGAGAGCGCGGGGGAGCUGUCGGCGGUCUCCCUUCAAAAACACUGCCAAUACCCGAGCCUGACGUGGUCCCUGCCAGGAAUCAGCUUGUGCCCCAAACUCCUCCCCCUUCUGAUGUCACAACAGUGGAUCCUCAGGUUCAGUCUACAUCUUCUCUGCAGCGCCUGGUCCAGAACCUGCAGCGUCUGGCCCGCCCUUGGACUCGCAGCGCUCCGGAUCAGAACCAGCCCUGGCCCCGUCUCCAGCCUCCAGAGGACCUAGAUGAUGUGGAACUGUUGAUUCCCGACUCUGCUCCAUCACCUGUUCUUGAGCCCCGCCCCCCGACCUCCGCAGGUCAUGCCUCUCGUCACCGUGAGGACGGUGGUCGUUGCGGGGGUCCUUGUGAACACUGUGGGAUCGUGCAUACGGCCCUCAUCCCCGAGUCUUGCCGAGCCUCUGGUCCCAAGUUAGAGGACGACGAGCAGUUGCUAGCCUGCUAGCUGCGACUAGCAUUCCAAAGAUGGAGGGUUGACGCUUGCAUUUCAAGGAAAACGUGUUCGUAACCAAGGUCAGACAUGCUGCUAGCGAGAGUUUGUUCCCGAUGUGACUCUUAUAUCUGUAACUUUUCCUACAAAAAAUGGAAUCUUUCAAACUAACAUGCUAGCUACUGCUAGCUGUGUGGACUGGUCCGCUUUGGUACGUGUACUUGUGUUUAUUUAUUGUUUUUCUUUGUUGUUGUGUUGCAUGACAAUGUCACAUUUCAAUAAAAUGGCUGUCAUGG